AGAUUUGUUCAAAUAUACCGAUUCGGUCACGAACAAAACACCACAGUUCAUUCCCUGACGCAGUUAAUCGUUUUUAAAACUGUUUCUCCCGCGGUAAAACUGGAGAACAUAUAUAACAAAAAAUAGCGCUGGAUAAAGUGUUUAUUUUUAUCAGCAAUCCAUGGAAACAAAACUUACAAAUGAAUCCUGUAGUUUCUCAUCGACGAAGGCGUUUUUAAUCAGUUCAACAUCUGCACGUGCUUCAGGUCAGCCUUUCUCUGCUUCCUCCAGAUGGCCCAGGUGACGUCGUAUAUGUGUAUGUUUGAAGAUGGAGAGGACGGAAGAAGCCCGCGGCUCAAACGGCAUCAGUGGACAGUAAGUGAAUGGGAGCACAGAGGGCCCGUCACCUCACGAGCGAGGUUAAAGACGGCAUGCGGCAACAUCGCAGAUUAAUCCCCGCGUCUCCGCCCGUCAGCGAGAGAUUUACGCGCUCUCUGCAGUAAGAAAGAGGCAGCUGCCUAACAGGAAACAGCAGAAGUGUGAUGCGUCUGUCUGUCUGUCUGGCGCCUCUCUAAAUGCUUCACAUCAGAGCUGCAGUGAGACGUGAUUGCCAGACGAUUACACAGUCACAAAGUCAUAACUUGAGCCAAGAUCAUCUUCAUCCCUUUUUUGCAGAUCUCCAUCCGCUGCAAUCAAAAUGACAGAGCAGGGGCUGGAAAGUGCUGAUGAACCCUGUCGUACGGAGAGGUGCCGGCCUGAUGGGAUGAUGGGAAGGAGGAAUGAAGUGAGACGGAGAGAGAUCUUCAGAUCUCAGCACAAAGGCAGUAUGGAAUCGAACAUUACCAAAGUACAGGAUCAUUGAACGGAUGACGGAUCACCUGCAGUCUAUUCACUGGCUGCUUGAUGCAUAUUGCACAAAAAACUGUAUUUUAAGGGGGAAUAAUAGUGAUGCACAGUGAACACAAAGCUGUCAUUCCCUCUAGACCUUCUGCUUAUGCUGUCCCAGGUGAGGAUCUGCCCCCCUCUCGUGCAUGUUUAACCCAAAACCCAGACCUCCGCAGGGGCCUUGGGAUCCAGGCUCCCAGUGGGACGCAAACACAGAUGCCAGCAGUGGUUUAUUCCCCAGCUGUCAUUGCAUGGAGAAGAUCAGUGUGAACGCUGGAACAAAUAACAGCAUACAGGUUUGGAACAACAUGAGGGUCCAGCAGGUGAAAAUGGUACAUCUGAUCACUUAUUAAAGUUUCUCCUCAACAAGACUCAUGCUCUGAGGAAUCAUUCAUAUCUGGAGCACAAACACUGCUGGGUGACGCACACGCUGAAGUCUCAUACUGAGGAUCCCUCACAGAUGAGCUCCAGCUGGUUUAGUUAGUAGAGACAAGGACGCCCUCAUCUGGCCAAAUCUCAAAAAGCAUGGUAAAUAUCACCUGAUCAUAAAGCUUCCCACAUCAGCCCACCUGAACACCAACAGACAGGGCAGCCCCUGUCCGAAACCCUCAGUGCAGGUGAACGGAAGAGGCUUCCCUCCUUUAUGAGACGUGUUUGAAAGCAGGAGGAGAAGUGACCAAUCAGAGGGCAAGAAGAGCCUGUACCUGAGCAGGUAUCACCCGUGUGAGGAUCUCUAAAGCUGCUGUGUGUGUGUUUGUGUGCAGUCUCUCGGACCUAUCUCAGCAGAAAAACCCUCUUAAUACUGAAAAAAACAGGAUAAAACACAGAUUAUGGAGACUAGAGGUGUUCUAGUUCUGUGUUUCGCCUGCCUCGGCGUGUUUGCCGGCGCGCGUGCCGAUAAAAAGGACAUUUACGCGAGAGUUGUGGAUUUGAUGUCUCCAGGUGAAGAGUUCCUCACAGAAGAUGCGCUUGUCUCGGUGUUUGAACGGCUGGAGAACCGUGUGCAGUGCUCCGGUGUGUCGUGUGGAAAGUGUCUGUCAGUGGAUCAUCUGCAGCAGCUGUUGAGGAACUUCAGCAGCUCUCAGGGGCUGCAGAUGGAGGAUUUCUUCACCAUGGCUCCUGGAUGCUGUUUGUUCCUGAGCGCUCCGACGGAGACCUGCAGUGCCGUACGCGAGGACCGCUGGGGCGUCGAGACCGAGCACUUCAUCGAGAACAUCUUUGGACACAGCGACGAUCAUAACACCAGCACCACCGCUCAUCCUCCUCACGGAGACAUCACUGAAUAUGAGGGAUUGGAGAAGCUGUUUCACGAUCUGGAGAAUUACUAUCAGCCUGACACACUUGAGCCCUGUCUCUCUCUGAAAGACAUCCUGGAAGAGAGCAGCUCUCAUCACGGAGACCACGUGCACGUGGAGCUGGACGCUGUGAUGGGAAACAUCCUCUAUCACGCCCUGCGAGGAGACUGCAUGAAAGCACAUGACCUUCCGGAGCAGGAGUACUUCCUGGAUUACAUCUUCAGCCGCUUCGGCUCGGAGAAUCUCACGCUUCAUGAUUUUGAAGAGCUUCUGAAGACAUUAAAUCUGGGUGGAGAGGAACAUGACCAUGAUCACGAGAGCCACCAUCACAGCAGACAGACCCACAGGAGCAGUCAUGCGGAGACUCAGCGGACCAACAGCAGCUGGGACAAGGCCUGUUUCAGCGCUGAAGACCUGUGGAGGAUCUACCAGCUGAACGAUUCAUCACUGACCAGAGAUCAGUUCACACAGCUCAGUCCUGCUCUGAUCCAGCAGAUCCUCAGCGGAGGCUGUUCUGAGAUCAGUACGACACCCGUGACCCCUGAUUCUCUCAGCACUGCCGAGAGAUACGGAUACGCCACCCUGGCCAACCUCAUCAUCUGUCUGAUGGCCAUGUUUGGGAUCGUGGUGCUGCUGUUCUCGGCCUGUACGCAAGUGUUCGAGCUCUGCAUCCAGUUCUGCAUCAGUCUGGCUGUGGGAUCGCUGACGGGAGACGCUCUGCUGCAUCUGCUGCCCACGUUCUUAGGCCUCCACGUUCAUGAAGACGGACACGAUCACGACCACACAGAGGACAACCUCGACUACGUGUACAAACUCCUGGUGCUUCUUGCGGGUGUCUAUUUCUUCUACCUGAUGGAGAGCAUCUUCUCCAUUAUCACUCGCAGACAACAUCACCACCAUCAUGAUGAAGAGGACUCUGAUGUUCAUCAUUGUGAUCAUGGAAAAGUCCUGCAGAUGUUCCAGCGAGAGAAACAGAACAAACACUCCAACUCACAGGCUGAUCUGGUUGAUGCUGAAAGAAAAGAGUCCUUCCUGGAACCUGUUGGCACUAAAAGAGAGCAGCGUUUGCUUCCCUAUAUGAUCACCAUUGGCGACGGUAUCCAUAACUUUGCAGACGGUUUGGCUCUCGGCGCAGCGUUUUCGAUCUCGUGGCGAUCAGGUCUGGCCACGUCUCUGGCUGUGCUCUGCCAUGAGCUGCCGCAUGAGCUAGGUGAUUUUGCGAUCCUGCUGCACUGCGGCGUGUCGGUGAAACGGGCUCUGCUGCUGAACGUGGGCAGCUCUCUCACCUCCUUCAUCGGGCUGUACAUCGCGCUGUCCGUCUCCACUGAAACGGUGGCGAAGGAGUGGAUUUCGGCCGUCACUGCUGGCCUCUUCCUGUAUGUUGGUCUGGCAGACAUGCUUCCCUCGCUGGUUCACGUGGACAGUAAAAGGCCUUGGCUGAUAUUUCUCCUGCAGAAUCUGGGACUUUUGAGCGGCUGGGGCAUUUUAUUGCUUUUGUCCUUUUAUGAAGACCAAAUAGGGCUUUAAAUAGGAUGCAAUAGGUUUUAUUUGUGCCUUAUUCCUAUAUAUAUGUCUGCGGAAACUACUGGAACAUAUGAAAUAUGUGCAAUUUAGUGCUGCUCAUAUGACAGCAUCACCAGCAUCGUUUUUUAUAUACUGGUAACAUUUUACAAUAAGGUCUCAUUAAGAACAUUAGUUCAUGCAUUAAAUAAGAUUAAUUAAAAAAAGAGAAAUACUGAUAGAAAUGCAACUGCUCAUUAUUUGUUCAUAUUAGCUCAGGUCUAUUAAAUAAUAGUAAUAUUUGAUUUUAUGUAUUAGUACAAUAAUUAAUGCUUUAUACGUAUUUUUCAUUGUUAGUUCAUAACUAAUGUUAUUGUGAAGUGUUACCAAAAUAUUUUUAGCAUUUUUAGAUUACAUUUGGAUGGAAAAGCCAAUCUUUCAGAAUCAACUUUGUGCACCUUAAAGCAAACUCUUGCAUAUUUUCUAGAUAUUUUUUUUGUCAUUAGUUUUUCAUCAGUGUGAAUAAUAAAUUGGCAGAUGAGAUAUUCAGCCUUUAGUGUAGCCACUGUUUUUAUUGAAUUUAAAUGCUGUAUUUUCAUUAGUAAAUAGAAUAUAGGUAAAUAUAAGUAUAGGAUAGUUCUGUAUUUUAUUUUUGCAUUGUAAUAUUUUUUAAGAUAUCAGCCAAAAACACUUUUGAAGCAUAAUGGUAUAAAAUAUGUUCUAUGAUGUGUGAAUUCUGCUAGAAUGAAGUUUAUGAAUUAAAAUUGUCAUCAUUCAUUAGUAUAAAUGCAUCAGGUUUGAUUUAAAUCAUUUAAAUCAGAUAUGACACAACAUGUUCAAGACACAUCAUGCAGAUUUAGAAGACUUUAGUAAAUGAUUAUGGACUAGUUUUAUGAUACUUUAAUGGAGCUUUUUUGUACAUUUUGGAACUUUUCAGUGUUCAUUCCCAAUCAGCAUGAACAUUCCCUUUUCCUUUUGAAGUGCCUUUAAGAAUUUGUUAUGUUUUAAUAAAUCUAAAACAAAUCA